CUCUCGACGACCAGUCGUGGAAUCCUAAUCACCCGACAGCUUCCGGAAUAACCCAUCAUCUCAUCGAGAUCCACUUAAAAGAUGCGCCCGCCUUCGCCAAAUCCACUAGAUCUUUCGCGCCACCGCCGCUAUCUCGACUCCGGGCGACUCCGGGCCAACUCGCGACUCCGGCACUACGGCGUUUCCUUCAGCGUUUCAGUGUCCUGCCAGCAUCGCUGGGUCGCGCACUUGACGCGAGCAGUUUCGCGAGUGAAAUGACAUGACGAAGUGACAUGACAGAGCGAUAGAAGCGAGCGAUGUGUGUCUCAGCCGUGCCGACAUCGUUUUUGGUCUGCUUUUCGCUGGGCGUCUACUUCCUGGUCAUUUCCAUAACGUGCGGCACAAAGAUGGCAAUCGAAGGCCUGCCAAUCAGAAAGCAGGAGCCUUUUGCAGAUCAAGACAUCCUCGCAGGAGCCGACUUCCUUUCAGUCUUCAUGGACGCCUCACUGCGACGAGCCUACAGCGAAACCUCAACCUCCACUCAACCGACAACCAUCCUCCUACUAGAAGAAACAGAACCACCGACAACCACAAGAAAACCCACCACCAGGCGCGUCAGAAGCACCUUAUCAUUUGCUCAAACCACAGAACAAUUCAGUGAUACUAGCAGUGACACAGACAGAAGUGACAGUGACGGUAUCAUUUUAGCAGUAAGAGUAUCCUCGUCAGUGCACAAAGGACAAUAUCAUUCCCUGACCGUAGAUAGCACAACGUCCAGUAGCACAGCAACGACUGAACCAGAAGACCAGAACAUAGUAGCUAGCGAAGAGCAUCCUAGUAUAGUAGCCAGAGCUAGCAAAAGCGAGCUCAGCGUAGAAGAAAACGAGCCCAUAACUAAGGAUAGCGACUUGGUGCCCGAAUUCACCCGCAGCUAUCCAGCCACCGUGAGAGAGCUUCCAACGCAGUCAGGGUCGUCCUAUGAUCCAGGUCUUGGUUUCCUCGAUAAAGCCUCCAAACAGCCAUACCACCAAACCGUCAUCUACCAUGACGACCCUAGCGAGCCUAGCAGAGCUCGGUCGGUAUCCUACAGCUCCAUACUGCAGGCAGUGCCUGGAGUACCCGUGGAUACCGAGAAGCCGAUAGUGCACGAACGCCACGAACGCAAUUACAAUGGUGCCAAGGCUCCCUACACCAACACCUACCACUCAGACAACAGCGCUAAGACUAACGAGACCAGAAGCGCUUGGAGCCCAGCGAAAGCAGCUGCGAUCCAGCCCACUAGUCGUCCACACUUGCCGAAGGUCUACGGUAUGCCUGAGCAGAAUUACGAGGUGGACGAAGCUGUUAGCGUUGUCACCAAUGGCAGAGCUCACGGGAUCCAAUCAGUUAAGAAGGCUGAAGACAAUCAAAAAGUUGGUUAUGUUGUGGAAGGAAGGAACUACAGGAAGUACCGUGUGGAGGAGCGUACGGCUGACGGUUUCAUUGUGGGCGAAUACGGGGUGGUUAGUCAUGACGAUGGGUCUCUGAGAGGGGUUAGGUAUACUGCUGACGGUACCAUUAACCCUAGGCUGAUAUCUGAGGCGCUGCUGAAGUUUUUGUCCCUGUGAUUAUGUGUUCGUGGUGCUUGAAGUGUGGAUUUUAGUUCCUUUAUCGAUGUAGUCGAAGAUUGUAGGAUGAUGUUUUUGUAUAUUAUAUUAUUUAUGAAUUUUGUGAAGGGUGGGAUCGUUGAACUUAACAAUUUACUCAGAAAUUAAGUAGUGAUAUCUGGAAGUUGAUGAGGUCAUACUAAAAAUAACCGCAUAUGUCAGUUUUUGUUUUAUACAGUUUCAUUCAUGAGUUGGCAUCAUGAAUGGAA